UUGAAAACUUUCUCCUUUUUUUUUUUUUAAGUACAAAUAAGAAAUAGAGAGAAAUUAUAGCAGCUUGUUGAAGCAGUUGAACUGCAAAUUCCACACACAAAUUCAGCAUUACCAAAUCCAAAAUUCUUCUCUCAAAUUAAUUUCAAAUUUCCCAAAAUCAAAAUUCUCAAUUCCAUCCAAAAAAAAUCCAUGGCGGUUGAAGAAGAUUUCAGUUUCCCCACCGCCUUGGAGCCUUUCAACCGCUGCGGCAUCGAUUCGCCGCCUCUCUGGCAUCUAUCUCCGUCCGCAUCUCCGAUUUCCUACCCUCAACAAACAUCUUGCGAUUGGAAUUUCAGAGAUACGGCGUCGGACGGUGAGAUUAGUAAUCGGUUCCCAUCGGCGUCGUUGCAGAGGAGGAGGAGGUUUUUGAGCGAUGCGGCAGUGAACUGCGAGGAGGAGGAGGAGGCGGAGGCGGCGGAGAAGAUGGACGUGCUUUGGGAGAAUUUCAAUGAGGAGUUGUCGAGGAGUCGGAGAUCUAGGUUGAUGAAAACGGCAGAAACGGAGGAGAAUGAGACCGUGAAGGCGCGACGGCGGAUGGCGGAAUUUAACCUAUCGGAGACUUCCGGCGCGAUGGCGACGAGGAGGAAGACGAUGGGGAAGACGGCGUUUGUUAAGGUUUUGAAGAAGCUUUUCUUGAUGCAUAAUAAUUCCCGCCGGAAUCUGCAAACUCGAUCACGGUGAUAAAUACAGAGGAUUUUUUUUUGGAGGGGGAAAAUAAACUGAGAAAAUGAAAAUGUAUAAAUUAAAAAGAGACUACAAUUGAUUACAGGUUUUUUUUUUUUUUGUUCUUCUAACAUUGGAAAUACUUCAAAAAAUUUCACUCCAAAUUAUUAUUCUUCAUUUCUUGUAAAAGAGGUAAAUGUUCAUAGAAAUGUGGACAAUGGAUGAUCUUUGUAUGGACUUUUUGUUACUACAUGUAUACCAUACUUUCUAAUGUAUAUCUAAAAAUGAAUUGAAAUGCAUAAAUUAAGUCUA